CAAGCUCACCAAUAGAUACGUGCCGCGCCCGUGCCCACCCAUGCCGGCAACCUGCCUGUAACAGAGGAGCUCCAGCAACGCAGGCGCAGGAGGCAGGAAGCAGCGAGCAUGGCGAGCCCAUGGGACAGCUCCUCGAGCAGCCUGUGGGGCACCCUGGGGCAAGCCUCGAACGUGGCGCAGCUGGUCGGCGUGGACGCCCUAGGGCUGGUCUCCAUGGUCGUGCAGGCCGCCCUGGCGGCGCGGCGCCACCGGGACGCCUGCGUGCGGCUCGCGCAGCACGUGGAGCUCGUGGGGGGCCUGCUCAGGGAGCUGGAGCUGGCCGAGCUGAUGCGGCGGGAGGCCACCAGGCGGCCGCUGGAGCAGCUCCGCGGCGCGCUGCGGCGGUGCUACGCGCUCGUCAGCGCGUGCCAGGACUGCGGCUAUCUCCGCCGCCUGCUCCUGGGUGCCAGGAUGGCCGUUGAGCUCCGCGCCGCGCAGCACGAGAUCGACAUGUUCGUCCGCCUCAUCCCGCUCAUCGCCCUUGUGGACAAUUCUACAAACAGUCGUCGUAUCAAGCAGGCCAAGGAGGAGGUGCGCACUGUAGUCGCAGGUAGUUCAAAUCAUCACAUCAGUUUUGCUACAAGAGCUGAGGAUUUCACUGAAUUACAUUCCCGAGGAGCUACCGAACUUUGCAAUGUUGGACAACAACAAUUGGUAGGAACAGUAGACCUGCAAGAACAGACAAUCUUUGAUAUUGAAGAACUUGUGAAGCUCUGUACCCGUGUAGAAGAGGCUUGCACGGGAUUCGCAAAAUUCAACUUCUUUCAGAUCGUGGAUGCUACAGACAAUUUCUCGGAGAAGAGAAUAAUUGGAUGGGGUGGGUUUUCUACGGUCUAUAAGGGUCAGUUGCCCGACGGACAUAUGAUUGCCAUCAAAAGACUUGAUAGCCCUGCAACAAUAUUUGAUUUCGACAGUGAAUUGCAACUCACAAAGCUUCAGCAUCCAAAUUUGAUUAGGUUAUUGGGGUGGUGCAUCCAUGGGAAAGAAAGGUUUCUAGUCUAUGAGUACAUGCAAAAUGGUUCCCUGGAAAGUUACAUAUCUGACAAAACAAAAGGGCCAUUGCUAGACUGGUCUAAGCGACUCAAAAUAAUCAAAGGUUUAAUAGAGGGGCUUGUUUACCUGCACAAACACUCCAUGUUAUGGAUUGUCCACAGGGACUUGAAACCAAAUAAUGUCCUAUUGGAUUACAACAUGAACCCAAAGAUUGCUGAUUUUGGAUCAUCUAAAACAAUGAGUUCCGACAUUGCAGAAGAGCUUACAUGCAGGGUUGUGGGUACUAGUGGUUACAAAGCUCCAGAGUAUGCAUCUCAAGGAGUUUACUCACUGAAGACAGAUGUGUUCAGUUUUGGCGUUCUGGUUCUGGUGAUCAUUAGUGGACGGAGGAAUAUCAUACUCGACAAGCAAGGGGAUACUGUUGGUGAUCUUGUACGAAAUGCCUGGCGUAUGUGGAAGGCCCAAAGGUUGCAUGAGCUUGUAGAUCCAUCGUUAGGUAGCAGAUAUGAAAUCACUGAGAUAACACGAUGCGUUCAGGUGGCUCUGCUUUGUGCUCAGGAGGAUCCAGCAGAUCGCCCCACCAUGACAGAUGUUGCUGCCAUGCUGAACUCUGAAAGCAUGACCUUUCCAAUUGAACCUAAGCAGCCUGCGUUGCUGAGAAAUGGGAGUGCUGCUGAAGACUUAGCAUCUUCAUACAUGGGCCAAUCAAGCAGGACCAUAGACAUAACCAUCACUAGCUCCGCUCCAGUGUCAACUAGAGUUCGGAUCAUUGUAGAUCCGGAGGUUUGAUAUGAUAAAGAACAUUGAAUAUAAUAUAUUGUUGAAAUGUUAGAAAGGAUAAUGGGACUUUUAUCAUUCCUAGUAGUAGUGUACAUUUCCAGAUUAGUAUCAGUUUUGUGAGUACAAAUAAACAUAUUUGUGUAUUCAUAUACUGAUUUUGCAUCAGAUACAUCAAAAUAUAACUAAAUGUUUCAUCUUU